AUAAGUGGCGCGAGCUGACGCACCGCUACAGCGUGACCGAGCUCGAGGUCCCUAAGCCUCCAGAGGAGGAGGUUUCCCCCUUGAAGGUCAACCGAAAAAGAAAGAGGGGCGAUAAAGAGGUCGGGGGGGACCUCUGCUCCUCGCGGAAUGGAGGAGGUGACCUCCAAGGCUGCAGAUGCCGAUGUAGUCGAUCUCACUGGGACUUCUGAGCAAGAUGUUCCCUAUGCUGAAGUCGGGGUGGCUGCCGAGGUGGAGAUCCUGGAUGCUGAGCAGGUCGCCCAGGCUGCCAAGGAAGGGGGCACUGUCGAGACCCCGGUGCCUCCGAGGUCGGAGGUGCCAGAUGUGGGCCCCCCUGUUGCCAAGCGGGGGACGCCGGCUUAUGCUUUUGUUACCACUCGCGGCAAGGAGCCAAGUUCCGAGGUCUUUUCGGCUACGCCCGCAGUUUCUGCGCCAUCGUCAGGGCCGUCACAGGGGGCUUCCCAGAGUCGAUAUAUUGCUCACCGUUUCGGGAAGUUGGUAAGGGAGGAUGAUGUCGAGGACAGCUCCAACGAGAAUGCCUCUGCUAGGCCAAUUUUGUAAUGGCUUAGCUAAAUUUCUUCUGCUUUAUCUUUUUGUUUCGAAUUCAAGUGUAGAACUCUGGAAACAUCACUUGUAUGUAUGUAUUUUUUGUCUA